AUGGAGAAGGCGACCUUCAGUCAAACAGCAUCUAAGUUGUUGGUCAGACGAACCAAGGCUAUCAUGGGAAACUGGCUGUCAAAGGCGCGAACGCGUUCCAGUAAGGGCCAAUUUGGUGACUUGUCCGAUGAUCGUGCAAAGGAGAACAAAUUAUCUCUUGUUGGGCACACCAGCAACUAUGGAUCAGCGCUGUCACCAUGUUCUACCUCUGCCGCAUUAGCAAUGCCCUUGCCCCCUCACAAUGAUGCCAAAGCUGUGUCUUCUCCAUUUCCGACGCGAGCAGAGUAUCUCCGCCAGCCUUUGCGUGCAGAAUCGUUGCAAGAUGCGCUUCAGACGCUGCGCAAUUAUGACACCACUAUCAUCAUGGAUGAUUCUUCAUCUAUGACUGGUUCGCUGUGGAAUGAGGCGGAACAGGCUCUCGCCACGCUCGUCGAUGUAGCGAGCCAAUAUGAUCCCAGUGCCGCUGUCAUAGACAUACAUUUCUUGAACUGCAACGCAACCAUGACGGGAGUUACGGACUCCAGAGUUGUCCACGAGCAAUUCGCCAAAUUCCAGCCCUGUGGCCCAACCACUAUUGGGAAUUGCCUCAGUAUGAUCCUCGGCGAUUAUUUCCGUGACCUGUAUGCUGCUAAGGGACGGGAGGAUGGAUGCCAGAACAUCAAGCCCUUGAAUGUGCUCAUCAUUACUGAUGGCGCGUCAUCGGAUGAUGUAGAGGGUGUGAUCGUCUAUUUUGCCAGGCGGCUUGAGGCCGACAAGUGGCCACUUGGACAGGUCGGGAUACAGUUCGUUCAGAUAGGGAAUUCGAGGCAUGCAGCACAGUUCCUUAGAGAGCUGGAUGAUUUGAAGCAGGCACAUGUACGGGACAUCGUUGACACAACGCCCUAUAUCGGCCAACUGCAUGCUGACAUGCUGAUCAAGGUCCUUGUCGGUGGCAUUAAUCGCCGCGUGGACACGAAGGGUGGUGAUUCGGUUGAGUUUUAAGUUGCGAGACACUGGAUACAACACUUGUAUCAUAUCUGGAGCUAAGGAUUUGUCGUCAGCUCAGUACCCAACGAAUCUUCCUGUAGCAAAUAUACCUAUGCAUGUACGUAGCCUUAG